AGGGGGAAGAAAGAGAGAGAGGGAGAGGGAGAGAGAGAAAGGGCUUGUAGACCUGAUAAAGUUUUCGAGUUUGCUUGCAACAGGGAUUCUGAAUGGACUGGAUCUGGACUUAAAGGCAGCUGUGCUUUUUCCUUUUUCUGAGCAACGAUAACUUUUGGGAAAGCUCUCCCUAAACCUGGAUCUUUAGAGAAGUGGAGAAGAGCAACAGAAAAAGAAAAAUCGCGACACACUGCUUGCCUCCCUUUUCUCAACCCUGUUAGUUUUUCCUUCUCUAAAUAAAAAGAGCAAACGCAGCCCCGUUCUGCUGCUCCGUCCAGCUUUUUUUAAUUUUUGGAGAGGUUUGGGGGCGCCGGAAAAGAAGGCAGCGUUUGGCUCGCCAGCGGUGAUGGGGGCGACGGUGGCCCAGUCUCCCCGCGCGGGUCCGGGGCUUCGCAGCGACGGGUUGGAGCGGCUGCGCGCGGAGUAAAGGCGGAGAGGCGAGAUCGUGGGGCUUUUAUUUUAUUUUUUUACGGAGAGGUGCUCCUCUCCUUCUCCUCCUCUCCCCGCUGCGGGGAAAAAGAAGGCUGCGGGCGCCGCCGGGCUUCAUCCCGCACACACGCCUGCUGCAAAGGAAGAGCGGAUCGCUUACGCGGAGCCUUUUCAUACCAGGAAAACCAGCAGCAAUCGGGAGUAAGAAGGUACUUAUUAUCAAGGCUUAAGGUGCUCCUUUCAGCCCAUGCUUGCGUAGAGGAGCUCAGAUGGGAGUAAAGUCCACAUGGAGGUAUGGAAGAGGAUCAGGGACUGGCAUUGAGAAGAUGGUCAGUUGGAAUUCAUGUUGCCUUAUCUGCCUGGUGGUGAUCACCAUGGCUGGAUUUUCGUUGGCUCGGCCAUCAUACAAUUUAGUUGGUGAAGACACCACUUUGGAACCUGAAGAGCCACCAACCAAAUAUCAAAUCUCUCAGCCUGAUGUAUACUCUAUACUUCCGGGAGACUCUUUGAUGUUGCACUGUCAACUGAAAGAUGCAAUCAAGAUCACUUGGACUAAAGAUGGGGUCCAUUUGAUGCCCAGCAAUCGAACAAUCAUGACUGGGGAAUACUUGCGGAUUAAAGAUAGUUCGCCCAAAGAUUCAGGCCUUUAUGCUUGCACUGCUGUUAGGGCUGUAGACAGUGAGACCCUCUACUUCAUUAUAAAUAUUACAGAUGUUCUUUCAUCUGGAGAUGAUGAAGAUGACAACGAUGGCUCUGAGGAUUUUGUGAAUGACAACAACCAAAUCAAAGGACCUAAAUGGACACAAACUGAUAAAAUGGAAAAGCGGUUACAUGCAGUUCCAGCAGCUAACACUGUCAAGUUCCGUUGUCCAGCUACAGGAAACCCCCUACCAACCAUGAGGUGGCUAAAAAAUGGCAAAGAAUUUAAGCAAGAGCAUCGCAUUGGUGGAUACAAGGUCCGAAAUCAGCAUUGGAGUCUUAUAAUGGAGAGCGUGGUCCCAUCGGACAAAGGAAAUUAUACCUGUAUUGUGGAGAAUAUUCAUGGAUCCAUCAACCACACAUACCACCUUGAUGUUGUUGAGCGAUCGCCUCACAGGCCUAUCCUACAAGCUGGCCUACCAGCAAAUACUUCCGCAGUUGUUGGGGGUGAUGCAGAGUUUGUCUGCAAAGUCUACAGUGAUGCUCAGCCUCAUAUCCAGUGGAUAAAACACACAGAAAAGAAUGGAAGUAAAUAUGGGCCAGAUGGAUUGCCGUACCUGAAAGUUUUAAAGCAUUCGGGGAUAAAUAGUUCCAAUGCUGAAGUGCUGAAACUGUACAAUGUGACAGAGGCGGAUGCUGGAGAAUAUAUUUGUAAGGUCUCCAAUUAUAUAGGGGAGGCCAACCAGUCUGCCUGGCUUACGGUUCUGCUAAAAAAAGGCCCUGUAGAAGACAAACCGUUUCCAACAUCGCCAGACUACCUGGAGAUAGCCAUUUACUGUGUAGGGGUCUUCCUGAUUGUCUGCAUGGUGGUGACAGUCAUUCUGUGCCACAUGAGAUCCUCCACCAAGAAGCCGGACUUCAGUAGCCAGCCAGCCGUGCACAAGCUGACUAAGCGCAUUCCUCUGCGCAGACAGGUAACAGUGUCUGCAGACUCUAGCUCCUCCAUGAACUCCAACACACCUUUGGUGAGAAUAACUACUCGUCUCUCCUCCAAUGCUGAUGCUCCAAUGUUGGCAGGAGUCUCAGAGUAUGAACUGCCAGAAGAUCCAAAAUGGGAGUUCCCAAGAGAUAAGUUGACGCUAGGGAAACCCCUUGGGGAAGGAUGCUUUGGUCAAGUUGUUAUGGCGGAAGCGGUGGGAAUCGACAAAGACAGGCCGAAAGAAGCCGUUACUGUUGCAGUGAAAAUGCUGAAAGAUGAUGCUACGGAAAAAGACCUUUCUGACCUAGUAUCCGAGAUGGAGAUGAUGAAAAUGAUUGGGAAGCACAAAAAUAUCAUCAAUCUUCUUGGGGCCUGCACUCAGGACGGACCACUCUACGUGCUGGUUGAAUACGCUUCGAAAGGGAAUUUGCGGGAGUACCUUCGAGCACGGCGGCCACCAGGGAUGGAAUAUUCAUUUGAUAUUAACCGGGUUCCUGAAGAGCAGAUGACAUUCAAAGAUUUAGUCUCAUGUACAUACCAGUUGGCAAGAGGCAUGGAAUACUUAGCAUCACAAAAAUGCAUCCAUCGAGAUUUAGCAGCAAGAAACGUUUUGGUAACUGAAAAUAACGUCAUGAAAAUAGCUGACUUCGGGUUGGCCAGAGACAUCAACAAUAUAGAUUAUUAUAAAAAGACUACUAAUGGUCGGCUGCCUGUGAAGUGGAUGGCACCAGAAGCUCUAUUUGACAGGGUUUACACACAUCAAAGUGAUGUAUGGUCAUUUGGUGUGCUAAUGUGGGAGAUCUUCACUUUAGGAGGGUCACCGUAUCCAGGAAUUCCAGUGGAAGAGCUCUUCAAGUUGCUGAAAGAAGGACACAGAAUGGACAAACCUGCCAAUUGCACCAGUGAACUCUACAUGAUGAUGAGAGAUUGCUGGCAUGCUGUGCCUUCCCAGAGACCUACUUUUAAGCAGCUUGUGGAGGACUUGGAUCGGAUCCUCACUCUCACAACUAAUGAGGAGUACCUAGAUCUUAGUGGACCACUGGAACAGUAUUCACCUAGCUACCAAGACACAAGGAGUUCCUGUUCUUCAGGUGAUGACUCUGUUUUUUCUGCCGAUCCGAUGCCUUAUGAACCUUGCCUCCCUAAGUACCAGCACAUAAACGGCAGUGUCAAAACAUGAAAAGAACCCUUAUUUUAUUCCUCAAAGGAGUAAGAAAACAAGAAUGUCUACCUACCAUGUGAAAAAAAAGAGCCUUCCUUCAGACACACAGGAUUUUUGUUUGUACAUAUGAAUUGUAGGGACCAAAACAAAAGCAAAAAAAAUUGGCAAAAGGUGUUAUGAUCACACCGGGGGGAAAGUGGUGUACUUUGGAAUGCCAAACAAUUUUCAGAAGAAGAAUUUUAUGGGCCAUAUUUGGAUGCCAGUUGACAGGUCUGGAUGCCGCAACACACUUUCUACAUUCAGUGGACCAGUUGGACUUGAGGCAAAUGUUGGGUCAGCCUUCCUUGUUUAUUUUGUAAUAUUUGGAGAAAAUAUAUGUUGGCACACACUUACAGAGCACAAAUGCAGUAUAUAGGUGCUGGAUGUAUGUAAAUAUAAUCAAAUGUGUAUAAAUAUAUAUUAUAUAUAUUUACAAUGAAUUAUUUUUUGUAUUGAUUUGAAAAUGGAUGUCUCACUUCACCAAGCAAAAUUAGCCUUUUUUUUUUAAAGAAACAGCUACCUGUAAUUGCUGUUCAUACAUAAAACUUUUCUUUUUUAAAAUAUCACCACCUAAAGGUGAAAAAUACUUUGCUUUCAGGGAAAAUUGUUAUCUCAUUAAUUUAUUAAUUAAUUGGUAAUGUACAAAACAAUUAAUCUUUUAUAGGGUUGUGUUAUUUUGUAAUUUAAAUGGCAUUUCUAUGCAGACAGCACAGAGAACUAGUAGAUAUAUUGCUCAAACUUUACUAGUUGUCAGAUCUUUUUUUUAAAAAAAGAGAGAAAUAUUUACGGUAUAUAACUAAUUUUGGGAAUUAAGGUUUUAAUUAAUUUGGGUUGUUUUUUUAACAGUGACAUGCUAUACAUGUCUACCCUUUGAGUUCAGCAGGUAUAGAUAGGAUUGCAGCCUAAAGUUACAUGAGAGGUUAUUGCUGUAACAAACCAAAACUCUCAGAAAUAAAAAAAAGGUGUCCUUUAAUGAGAAAGUAUUUUGCUCCCUGUAUUUCCAGGUGUGUAGCUGUUUUGGUUGUCACACUUUACAGCUCCUCAAAUGCAAAAAAGUUAGAUGGCCACCCCUGUUCAUUUAAUUAAAUUGCUCAGUAGAACAACCCAAAAUUCUGAGACUUAUUCCAUAGUCUACUGAAAUAAGGACCUAUUCUAGCUUGUCUAAACUUCUACAAUUUUUUAAACGUCCUAAACCUCAAUUCUUAGCUUUCUGUACAUGCUUCAGAUUAGGCAAUUAUGUUUGCUGAAGGUCCAAUAAUGCUUUUGGAUAUUUUUAUCAAACACACGCUUUUGAGGCUCCUCUUGUACUACAAGAGCACCGAGGUUGUCAUCAUGGCAAUUACAGAAAUUCGUGUUGGAAUCUGACCAUCUAUCUGAGGGGUUAUUUUAUUCUUGCUCCAUUACAGCUUUCCAAACCAUCCUGCUGCACCAGGUGUCAGCCCUGGUGCCUGGCCAAAAAUAUUACUGCAUUUCUAUAACUUGUCUUUCAGAAUUUAAAGCAUUAUGUUUUCACAUUCAAAUCACCUUUCACACUGGUGUAGCCAUGCAAUAUGAAUGCAAUCCAUACCGACUUUACAUGUUUUUUAAAAUGGGGGGGGAGGGGGUAAAAAGUAUUAAAAUCUGUUAAUUUUUGUACUGACAAUAAAAAUCUUUCUACGGAUAUUAAUGUUAACAUUACAAAAUAAAUGUCAUGCAUCUUA